AUGGUCGUAAAGGUUAUCUUCUACUUCCCUCGGCCCCACGGUGGGCGCCAAAAUGUUUCUGCUGAACGGGACCGGGGAACACUCUUGCUACCUCCGUCCAGAAACACUCCUCCUCCUCCGAUCGGUCUUCCUCUUCUUGCCUCCUCUGCGCUCGGUAUCAGUGUAAAUGGGUUGACCUGCAGCAAACACUUUGACGCUCAAUUGAUUGAGAGUACCUUGGGAACGAAUUGGUUGGACACUGAGUUCUCUAAGGGUGAAAAUAAAACGACAAUUGUGUUCGGUCCCAAAUUCCUGUCCGAGAAACUGUACCAAGCUUCUUCCAUUGAGGAUAUAGAAUUGGCGACGAUCUUAUUAAGACCAGGAUCCCUCUUUAUAGAAGACUUGUCCCAACAGACCAACUUCUCAAUGCAGAGAUAUGGGUCAGUUCCUCUUGUUUUUAUUGUUUCCACAGAAGACAAUGAAAUUCCACUGAAUUUUCAGCUCUGGAUGAUUCAAAAUGCUGGAAUGAAUGUGGAGGUUCUGGAGAUCAAAGGUGCAGACCAUAUGCUUAUGAUUAGCAAGCCACAAGAACUAUCUCAUUCUCUCCUGCAUAUAGCUACUAAAUAUGCAUGAAUUCAUCCACACUUUAUCUGUUUUUGUUGAAUGACUGAAACUUCUCAAAUAAGUUAUGUUUAUAUUGUGUUCUUAGUGUGUGUUGUUUCGAGAAUUCAUGUUUGACCCUCCAUUAUUAAUCACU